AUGCAGUUGCAGGGCUCCCUUGCUGCUGAAGGAAGUUACUGGCUAAUUGAGCUGUUUCUUGAACCCUUUGUUGCUUCUCUGUCAGGCUGUGGGAAGGGUUUGGAUGAAAUUUGGAUAAAACAGCAGGACUCCAAUUGUACUGUCUCCUUCCAGCCUGUGCCAACAGCGCUGGCUCAGGUAGACCGGGAGAAGAUCUACCAAUGGAUCAAUGAGCUGUCCAGCCCCGAGACGCGGGAGAACGCGCUGCUGGAGCUGAGCAAGAAGCGGGAGUCUGUGCCUGACCUUGCCCCGAUGCUGUGGCACUCAUUUGGCACGAUUGCAGCCCUCCUUCAGGAAAUUGUAAAUAUUUAUCCGUCAAUCAACCCUCCAACUCUGACAGCCCAUCAGUCCAACAGAGUCUGCAAUGCUUUAGCUCUACUCCAGUGUGUUGCAUCACAUCCCGAAACAAGGUCAGCUUUCCUGGCAGCUCACAUCCCUCUCUUCCUGUACCCCUUCUUGCACACAGUCAGCAAGACGCGGCCGUUUGAGUACCUGCGGCUCACGAGUCUCGGAGUGAUUGGGGCGUUGGUGAAAACAGAUGAGCAAGAAGUGAUUAAUUUCUUAUUGACAACAGAAAUUAUCCCCUUAUGCUUACGUAUCAUGGAGUCUGGCAGUGAACUCUCCAAAACGGUUGCUACAUUUAUUCUCCAGAAAAUCCUCCUGGAUGACACAGGACUGGCAUAUAUCUGUCAGACGUACGAGCGAUUUUCCCAUGUUGCCAUGAUACUGGGUAAAAUGGUCCUGCAGCUUUCCAAGGAGCCUUCAGCACGGCUGCUGAAACACGUUGUCCGCUGUUACCUUCGUCUGUCCGAUAACCCCAGGGCACGUGAAGCUCUCAGGCAGUGCCUUCCUGACCAACUGAAGGACACCACCUUCGCGCAGGUCCUGAAGGAUGACACCACCACGAAGCGCUGGCUGGCUCAGCUCGUCAAGAACCUGCAGGAGGGUCAGGUCACUGACCCGCGGGGCAUCCCUCUUCCUCCGCAGUGACUGCUGGUGGAGGUGGUGGAUCAGGGAAGAAACAGCUCAGGUUUACAGAGAACCAGGAACAGAUGACCUCUUCCACAAGAAACUGGGCAUGCCAGCUGGCGUCCAGCCUGCCAGCUUGUAGGGCCAUUCCACCCAGGCAAAGGGCUGCUCUGUAGCAGUGCAGCGUGCCUCUGGGGAUCACAACACCAGCAAAUACUGACAUUGCAGCUU